UUGUAAGUUAUACCAUCAUUUCUUCUUUGUCACCGGUAGUGAGCUAACAAUGGCGAAGCCAGGCAGAGGCCGACGGGCGUCGCGAUCGGUUUCAGACUCUGGCUCAUCUCGAUCUCGUUCUCGUUCUCGCUCCUUCAGUGGUUCUGAUUCUCGCUCAAGCUCCUCUCGGUCCCGUUCACCUUCAAAGCCUCGCUCCCGUAUACCAAGUCGGAGCCCACCUCCUCAGAGAAAAAGUCCUAUUGAAGGAGCUAAGCGUGGUCGUUCUCCUCUAUCACAACCUAAGAAAACUUCUCCACCUCCUCGGAAGCCCUCGCCUAUUCCCGAGUCUCUUGUUCUGCAUGUUGACCAUCUAAGCAGGAAUGUCAAUGAAGCCCACCUAAAAGAAAUAUUCAGCAACUUUGGGGAAGUUGUAAAUGUCCAGCUGGUAAUGGAUCAUGCCGUUAAUCUUUCAAGGGGAUUUGGGUAUGUUGAGUUCAAGACAAGGGCUGAUGCUGAGAAAGCUCAAGCUUAUAUGGAUGGGGGCCAACUUGAUGGAAAUGUUAUUGGAGCAAAGUUUACUUUGCCUGAGAGGAAGAAGGCACUGCCGCCACCACCACCACCACCUAGGGCUGUUGCAGCUGAUGUGAAAAGAGAUGCUCCAAAAGUUGAUGCAGAUAUUGAAAAGGAUGGACCCAAACGACCUAGGGGGGGAUCACCUCCCCAACGAAAGCCUCAAUCACCACCACCAAGAAGGAGGUCACCUAUAGGUCGAAGAGGUGAAUCUCCACGAAGACGUUUGAACUCCCCUCCACGUCGUAGAGGUGGUGAAACUCCUCCAAGGAGGAGGCCUGCAUCACCUUCACCUCCGCCAAGGAGGAGGUCUCCUGUAAGGAACCGGGGCAGUCCUCCCCCACGCAGACGAUCACCAUCUCCAAGACGGCGCUCACCUCCAAGGCGAGUCAGAAGUCCACCUCCCAGAAGGUUGGCUGUCAAUAAUAGACGCAGUCGAUCUCCAAUCCGCAGGCCCAUUCGCUCACGAUCAAGAUCAACCUCUCCUAGGAGAGGAGGCCGGGCACCAGUUGCUAGGCGUGGAAGGUCAUCAUCGUCCUCUGGAUCUUCCCCCAGUCCUCCUCGCAGGGGCACUCGUAAGAUAUCAAGAAGCCGCAGUCCUAAAAGCAGGCCUAUGAGAGGAAGAAGCAGUAGCAACAGCAGCAGCAGUAGUUCCCCGCCUCGCAAACCCUGAGCAGCAGUUAGUAUUGUUUUCAAUAUGAGACCAGGCUUGUUUCAGAUAUUAUAUACUAAUCCUGGAAAAUAUUUCUUAUUGUUGUCUCAAUGAUCUGAAAAACUUGAGUACUAUGGCUUAGUUCUAGCAUGACGGAUUUGCAGUUUUAUUCCUAGUAAUUUGAUGUUGUCGUCGUGAAAUGCUUGAAUUCUAGCUUGUCGGAUUUGCAUGUUUAUUCCUUAUAUUUGACGAUAAUGCUUGCAGAUUUAUUCCUAGUA